GGUGCCUCGCCUCACGGCGUGCCGCUCCGGCGGGGCCCGGCACAGGUGGGGCCCGCGGGGCGCUGCCGGGGCGUCGGGACGGGCUGUUCGCUCCCUCCGCGCCGUGUGUGUUUUACCCGCGGGAGGCUCGGCCCGGCUCUGCUCCGAAGGUCGAGGGUCUGGCCGCGCCGCCGAUGCCCCCGCGCUGUAGCGUGCUAAGGGUUGGAGAUGGACGUGGGCAAACUCCGCGGCGGCGGCUCUGAGCGCGGCGCGAGUUGGUCAGCGGCGGCUGCGGGCGCGCGGGAGGAGGCGUUCGGCCCCGCAGCCAGGCCGCGGGGGGAGGCGGGCUCGGGGUGCGCGGUGUGUCCGGGGACCGGCUCUGGCGGGAGAGGGUUUGAUGCGCCAGACGCCGGGGAAGCGGAUUUCUGCGGCCGGGAGGCAAAUGGCUGUUCGGCUGGAAGUUUCGGGAGGCACGGCAAGGUUAACAGUGAGCAGCUGAAUUGGAGCCAGUCUCACAAAGAUAUGGUGAUGAUGAUCCAAGAAAUGAAAAGGUGUUUGCCUGAAGACAAAAGGAGUUCCAGCAAGCCCAGUACAAUCAGUGCUCUCAACUAUGCCUUGCGGUGUGUCCAGCAGGUCCAAGCAAACAAUGACUUUUUCCAGGCCCUGAGUGACCGAAGAGUAUUUCAGACAGAUGUGGUGACUUACAGUGUAGAAGAGUUGGUGGCAGUUGCGUCCGAACACACUCCAAAAAACACUGACACAUUUGUGGCUGUGUUUUCCUUGCUUUCUGGACGCAUGGUGCAUAUUUCUGAGCAGGCAGCAUCCAUUCUAAACUGUAAGAAGAAACUGUUGGAUUCCUCCCGAUUUGUAGAGCUGCUUGUCCCUCAGGACGUGAGUGUGUUCUACACACACACCGAUCAGUCCCACCUGCCUCUUUGGAACAUGGAAAGUCAAACAGCUUCUCUGUAUGAAUAUGCCCAGGUGAAAUCCUUUUUCUGCAGGAUCAGGAGUGGUAAAGAUGAAGAAACACGUUAUUACCCCUUCCGAAUCACACCAUACUUAGUCCAUGUGUGUACUUCUGUCCACGUGGAUACAGAAUCCUGCUGCUUAGCUUUGGCUGAGAAAAUUCACUCUGGAUAUGAAGCUCCUCGAAUCCCUAUGGAUAAAAGAAUCUUCACCACCACUCACACCCCUGGCUGUGUUUUUCUUGACAUAGAUGACAGAGCAGUGCCUUUGUUGGGUUACUUACCUCAAGAUUUAAUUGGAACGUCCAUUCUGAUGUAUUUGCACCCAGAAGAUCGUCCUUUGAUGGUUGCUAUUCACCGGAAGAUCCUGAAGUUCGCUGGUCAACCCCCUUUUGAACAUUUACCUAUUAGAUUUUGUACUCAAAAUGGGGAUUAUGUCAUACUGGAUACCAGCUGGUCCAGUUUUGUGAAUCCUUGGAGCAGGAAAGUAGUGUUCAUCAUUGGCCGACACAAAGUCCGAACAAGCCCUCUGAAUGAAGAUGUUUUUGCUGCAAGAAGUAAAGAAACGAGCCGUGUUGAGAAAGAGAUAAGAGAAUUGCAAGGACAAAUUUACAAGCUGCUUCUGCAGCCGGUUCACAGCAAUGUUUCCAGUGGUUAUGGAAGCCGUGGAAGCAACGGCUCUUAUGAGCACUAUAUGAGCAUAGCAUCUUCAAGUGACUCCAAUGGGAAUUGUGCAGAGGAUAUUCAGGAACCAAUGACAUUGCAGCAAGUUUGUGCAGAUGUCAACCGAAUAAAGAACCUGGGCCAGCAGCUGUACAUUGCAUCGAGGAGCAAGCCACAGAAUGGAAACGAACAAGCUGUGAGCUCAGAAAUACUAGGAGGGAAGAGGCACACUGCUUCCUGUUCUCUUCAGACGCUGAGAAGUGAUAGCACAGAAGAACCAGGCAAUGCGUUUUAUGAUGGUUCAAAGAAAACUCCAAGUGUGCCUUCCUAUCAGCAGAUCAAUUGUGUUGAUAGCAUCAUCAGAUAUCUAGAGAGCUGCAGUAUUCCAGCAUUGAAAAGGAAAUGUAAAUCUUCUGCAAAUACAUCAUCGUCAUCUUCAGAAGAUGACAAGCAAGUCCAGCAAAGUCAUCAGGAAGCUGAGGCACUGGAAGAUACUGCUAUACUUUCAGCAGUUAAUUCCCAAACUCCAGUGUCUGCUGAUCAGGAAGAGACACUGAAAGACAAGACAGCUGCAGGCAUGGUGGGAGCUCCUCUGGCAGACCUGACCCUGUCCAACAAGGCUCCAAGUGUGGUGUCUGUCACCAGCCAGUGCAGUUACAGCAGCACUAUAGUGCAUGUCCCACACCCUGAAUCAGAAGUGACUACAAUGGAGGAUACUACUGCUGGAAGUGAACAAAUUGAGCUGCCUCCUGUGAAUGCUCAGAAUCUCACUGUAGUGCCUGAAGACUUAAAGCCAGUUGGGCUAACAAAAGAGACAUUGUCAGUGCACACUCAAAAGGAAGAGCAGAACUACGUUGACAAGUUCCGCCAGAGGAUCUUGCUCUCUCCAUUUAGGACUUACCUUCAACAGGGGAGCAGAAAUAACAAAGGACAUUCCCGUGGCCAAGGAGAUUCUACUUCAAAGCAGAUGAGCCCAUCUAGCUGUAAAAAAGGCAAACAUGGAAAAUCCAAGCGCCAGAAACCUCAGAGAAAGUUGUCAGAUAACCACUCUACCAGUAAAAAUAGAAAUAGUCUUCCGUGUGUGAAGAGAACAAUUCAGAAACAGUCAUUCUCUCCCUCAGAAGUGUCCUGUUUGAGCUCCUCCAAUACGAAUGUCCUUCCUCCUGUGGGAUUUCCUGUCUGUUUGGAUCCACUAUCAAGUUUUCCAGCCUCUUCUGUAGGAGAGGAGCUUGCCAUUCAUUCAUUAAAACCUGAGCCCAUGUCAUCAUCACAGCUACGCUGUGGAGCUCAGUCCUGUCCAGCAUUUUAUCCCCCAAACAUAGGCACGUUUAUGGCUGUAUUUUUUCAGAGUUUCCCUAUGUAUGCUCAGAUGCCUCAGUAUGUCUUUCUUCCUAGCCCUCAGUAUGUUUAUCUCCCCUCUUCAUAUCCCUGCACUGUACUACCUCCAGCCCCACCUCCUCCUGCUCCAUCACCAGUAGCACCACACGCUGCGGAUCAGCCCUUUCCAGUCUCUUUUGCCACAUCCAUGGAGGACCAGCAAGAGGGGCAGUGUGCCCAGGCCCUACUGCUGAGUAGCUCACGGAGCAGCUCCCCACUUCAGUUGAAUUUGCUUCAAGAAGAGCUGCCAAAACCUAUGGAGCUUUUCACUAGUACUGAUGUUAAAGCACAUGCAGAAGCUAAAUGUGACAAUGAUCCAGAAGAUAGUGUUAACAGUGCUAACUGUUGUGCUUCUAGUGAAUUUACUGACCACUUGCUGUAUGAGGGCUCCCUGUCGGGUGCAGGUUCAGCAGCAUCAGGCAGUGGAUCAGCUUUAUCUGUUUCUUCAGGGUCUAGCUCCAAUGAGACUUCUGGUUCUGGCACAGGUAGUGGGAAAAGCACCAAGUAUUUUCCCAGCAAUGAUUCUUCUGAAGCUUCCAAAGAAAAGAAUCAGGAAGCAGAAGAAAAAGGGACAGCUCAUAAAUCCAGCCAUGAGUCAGCCUGGAUGAUGAUGGAUCACACACCUGAGCAAGUUCUAAUGACUUACCAAAUGCCAAACAGAAUUACAGAGGAAGUUUUAAAGGAGGAUCUGGAGAAGCUGGCAGUCAUGCGAAAGCAGCAGCCAUGGUUUUCGGAUGGGCAGAAGGAGGAGCUUGCAGAGGUACACACAUGGAUCAGGACUCAGACUGUCCCGCUGGAAAUCAGCACCCAAGGCUGUGUUACAUGUGACAUCAGGGAUGCGAGUUGUGAGGCUGCAAUGGCUGCUGACAAUAUGGAAAACAAGGGAAAAUUGCCUCCGCACCUGCAACACUGAAGUCGUCAGCACUUGUGUCAGUAAAACCACUUGGUGUAAUUUCCAUCCUCUUUUCCUCUGCCUUCGCUACAUACUAGUGGUGAAUCUCUCUCUCUGUUUCUUCCCAACAUGAACAGUUACAUGUGAAACAAAAUCUUCCUCCAUUACCCCUCCGGUCCUGGCAUGACUUUGAAGACAAUCUUUCAUUGGGAGGCUCUUUCUCUUCCUGACCUCACAGACUUGAUGCAGAAUGGGUUAUGUUUCUAACUUUUGAUUGCUCAAUGAUGAGCAAAAUACAAAGGUGUUCUGGGAUUUGUUUGUUCGUUUGAACUUGGCAAGUAAGAGUUUGAAAAGAUGCAGUGGUUAAGACCUACAGUGAUGAACCUAACAGAUUGGAGCAUGUAGGCAAGAUGAAACCAGCAUUGAAACCAAGCUCUUCAUUUUCAUUUGUUUAACAUUUAAAGAUCUAAACUGAAGAUUCUGAGGCUCUAAAAUCACUGUAGCUGGUUCAAGAAUCCAAAAGGCUUUUUAAUGAGCAGCUGAAAACUGAGUUAUUCUGCAUCAAAAUGCCUUUCACCAGCUGGUGCCCAUCAAAAACUGAAGUGAAAAGAAGCAAAGCUAUUCCCUAUGUUUUUCAUUAUGAGUGUUUUGGAGCCAAGUUGGUUUAAAGCUUUUGCUUUUAAAGCUGUGUUUCUCAAGAUAGGUGUUUAAAAUUGAUUGAGGGUAACUGGUUUGCAACGCCACUAGACAUGAGAUUAUAAGUAGCAAUCAAAGAAAAAAGUAAUAAUUCAGGAGUUCUUUUCUUAUACAGGAUCUGCUUUUCAAUAAAAGACACAGGGAAAACCUUUUCUAUCAGGGCACUAUAGCCUAGUUAUCAAUUCAAGUAGCUACACGCGAUCUUUUGUGUUGCUAGUGCUCUGGACAGCAGAUUUGUAUCUUAGGUUUUCUGUUGCUGAUUUAGAGUAGUUAAAUGAGCUGAACCCAGACAUAAUGAAUAGGAAUUUUUAAGCCAUUUCCCUGUUUUGUUUUUGUUGUGGUGAUGCCAAAAACAAAAAGAAAAAAGAGAUUGAGCUUUAUUUCUGCUUUCUUGAAAAGUCACACGUUGUGGAGCCAAACUUGAACAUCAGACCACAUACUUCUCAUCACUGUUGACUUCCUGUACAAGUUUUAACCUCUUUCUUUAUAAUGGUGUCUCUGGCUGUAGAAAUCCAUGAACGAAAAUAUAGUUUGUACAUGGUGUUUGUGGCUCAGAAAGUGGUAACAGCUUUCUCUUUCAGUAUGUAAAAGGACUUGUUCUCAUGUUAAUACUUCUAGCUUCAAGCUGAAUCUCUCAAAGUGCUCUUCAAGCAGGACACGCUUCAUACACCUAGCAGAUUUUGUCUGAUUUCCCCUUUCUGUAUCAAAGCUGGAUGUUUUUCUUUGUGGAGUUCAUCACCUCAGCCUUCUCAACAAACACUGUUGGAAUGUAACAUAUUAUUCAUCCUGUUGUUCUGUGUAACUCCUCUUUUUCUGCCAUGUGAAGGAUUUUCACAUUUCCAGUUUCAUUUACUAGUGAGCUUCAAGUGGUUUAAGUUACAAAUACUGUGAUCUGCAGAUCUUUGAAGGAAAACUGUGUUUAUCUAAAGGGUUUUGUUAGUUUUUAGAAUCAAUUCAGUGACAAUCUUUGUCAUUAAAGCCUAUUUAAAGGAAAGGUAUUUUUACAGAAUUUCAAGUUUAAUUUGACCCAGGCAGCAUUCUUUGGAUUUAUUUUUUAAGUGUGCUUGUCUGCUCUGUUUAUUACCUAUUGCUUUCUAUUUAUUCUCAAGCUGCAUUUCAUUGUCUUCCAGUUUUUCAGUUUGAACUUGUUUUUUCUUGUCUUGUAAAUCAGCAGAGGUCCACACAUCCUCAGUAGGUUUUGUGUUCCAACUUCAAACAGCUCUUAAAAUAAGAGACUUUGGCAGGUGUUUACAUAUAGCAAGUCAUGUACUCAAGUCAGAAAAUGUGGGCAAUACCAUAUACCUUUCCUAUUAUUCUUUCCAGCACUUUCCAAAUAGAAUAUUCUGCUUUGUAACCACACUGCCUAAAAUAUUUGCUCUAAAACAUGUAAGAAGAUGCUUUGUGUACAGGUUCUUUUCUUAAUUGAGAAGUUUCUUACCUAAUUUAACUGUCAAAUUAUGCUUAUGCACUAGAAUCCAUUCUAGUUAGAUGUGCUUACAUUGACUGCUUUAAUGUGUUUUGAGACUUAGUGAGCUAGAUCAAUGUGAAUGCUCCAGGUAAGGACGGCUGUCUCCUUCCAAAUAGGUAGGAAGUGGAAGCCAGAAGGGAGGUUUAGAUAAGCAACUCUUUUGCUGUAUGUUAUUUCCUGAGUAUGAAAAUGAGAUGGUUUGCGAUGUCUUAGCAGGCAUACAUGUAAUCCAUGUUACAAACAGUGGGGCUUGGUUUAGGAGAAUGGUAAUGUGCACCUAAUAGUUGAACAGUGCUUUUCAUCUAUAGGUCUGGAAAUACAUUGGUUGUAUAAAAGGAGGCAGAGAGAGGACUUGCACAGAUGCAUACCCCCAGCUCAUACCAAAUCCAGAAGUAUAACUUGGGGAUCUUCACUCACUGUAUCCUGUGCUGUCUUUGCUACAAGGAGUGAAGAUUCUGACCUUUAUGUAGGAACUUGAUCAUAUUGUAUGUGUUUCUUGUUUGGAGAUGUUAACCCUACUUGUACCACUUGCUACUAUAAAUUUGUGCCCAGAAAGAUCAUACAGCAACAGAAAUCCUAGACAUGCUAGUUUUUGUAGUUCUGUGAACAUCAUACCCUCUGACCAUGUAUAAUGAAGGUGCAUGUGCCUGGGAGCUUGAAUUCAAAGUUUGUAAUCCUGGCUAAAUCUUAGGUGCAGGAGUCCUUGUCUGGGGCUGUGUUAGUCCUGGGUUAUAGAAUAAAUAUAGUGUGGGAGAAGAAUAGAAGAAUGAAGAGGUGAAUCAGUGCCCUGUGUGACGAUGAAACUAAAUUAUUUGCCCAAAAACCAAGUGGUGUUUGCUGCAAAACCAGGUUUAAGACAAAAAACAGUUUCCCAGGCUACUCUUUACCCCACUAGAACCACAACAUCUUGCAGUCAAAUGCCUUAUCAAGCUGUUUGGGAAGGACCUCAUUUCCGUAAGUCUUCAGGAACUGGUAGUUUUUACUUUGGGUUUUAUUACUCUUUCAGUCUCUCUAGUUUGCUGGAGCAGUCAAGGUGAGAUCCAGUUCUGUUCUGAAAGACCAGUGGAGUAAAUAGCGCAGCCAGAUUUGCACAUGCUGUCUUGUUUCUGUGACUUUGUUUUACCUGGUAUAAUUUAAACAUUGCAGACAGUUUAGAGCUGCUUGGAAGGUCGCUUCUUUGGUGACCAAAGGGAAAACAUGCAAGUACAAUAACGGUGCAAUUAAUACCCCCUGUGGGGGCAGCAGCAGUUUGAAACCCUCGGCGGAUUUCUCUGGCAAAUUCUUUUUUGUUGUAUUCAUAAAAUACAGAAUUCUGUUUUUAAGAGAUGAAUUGAUGUGCAAAUAUUUUCAUGGCAUUGUGAGGAACAGGAGGGACCCUAAUGUGUUUUUCCAGUGCGAUGAAUAUUUGCUGAAUGAGUCGUGGAUUGGUAAGUUUAUCUUCCAGCUGAAUCAAGUUUUAAAUCACAAUCAAAUAAAUUUUUACAUCAAGAAUAUUUUAUUGAUAUUCAGCUGGGGUUGAAUUUCCAGGUGUGAUUUUUGCUGUAGACUUUAAAGGGGCUUCUGUUUUUAUAAAUAAAACUGAAAAUAUGCUGCAACAAAAAGGUUUCAAGGGUGUGUUUGCUUUUGGUGUUGGUAAUGUCUGGAAAAUAGGCUUAUAAGAAAAUACGACAUCUUUCUGAUUGUACAUAGGUGGUGAGGUUGUGGGUUUAUGUAUUUUGCUUUGUUUGCUAUAUUUGAAGUGGAAUUGAACAGAUUUAUUUCUUUCCCCCCCUGUGUUUAUAGGCUCUAUCCCUUUCCAUUUCUAUGAAAUAAAUCUGUCUUAGAUGGUUACUCAUUUAGAUAAAUUCAAAGUCUUUCUUACAGUUUUUAUUGACUGAUGAGGAGGCAGGAAAGGAGGAACUUCCAGACAGGCAGACUGCUCCGUUGUGUAAGGAUGAAUGUUCAGAAGAUUUCAAGUAGCUGCACGGUGCAUCCAGCUGCCAUAAGGACAUUUUUCUUUGCUAUAGCUGCAUUCAUCUGUCUUGCAGUUUAUGUGAGGUGAGCAAGCUCUACAAAGCUUUGUUUAAACAGCACGUCCAGAGAUUUAUGAUGUAUAUUAUUGUGAUUGAUGUAGUAUGUGUAUCACUGUUAGGUGAAGUUUAUGUCAAGCUUUCUUUGAGCCUUGAUUAGCAUGAGACAUAUGCAAAGCAUGUAUUGAACAAGGUAGGGCUUCACAGCUUAGGCUGAGACACUGCAUAGUUUCAAGAUUGCCAUCCCCCACAGACAGUUCCUGACUCUUUAGCUUUAUUCAUUGCAGAUAAUAUUGGGAAGUACCCGGGAUUGAGCAGUUCUUUCUCUUCAGUGGUAGUGGGAGCAGAUGCUUGAUCCUGACACUGACACAUGCUUAUUGUUUCUGUGGUGUCUUGGGGAUGUCAGGAGGGGAUUGGGCACUGUUAAGCUGCCAUUCCUCCCUGGCUCAGCAUCAUCAGGCAAUGCAGCAAUGACCCUCUCUUCCUGGCACCCCAAUCUAUGUCAAGAGGCCAAGCAACAAAAGAGAAAGUCCUCUUGCCUCUGGACUUAGAUGCAGCUGAGGCAUCUUCUGGGAGGUUUCAUGGGACCCCAUGGGAAUCUUACUUCCCCUGUCCGAGUUCUUUUCGUGUUGCAUAUUUCUCUCUUUGUCCCAUUACUUUAUUCCUGUUGUGCUGAACUCUUAAGAAAAUACCACACUGCUCACAGCAUCAUUGCAAAACAUCAAGAAUUUAUUAAUUUCCAAGUAGCAUAGAAUCUAAAGUUAGGAGCUGUCUUCAUGUUUCUUCAUUCUCAUUUUAAAUCAAAAGCAAAUCUAUAAACAUGUUUUCAGACAUCUGUAUAAAUUAUGCAACCAAAGUCAGGGAGAUUUUCUUCUCCUGUUUACACACAGUAUUUCCAGAAGCACUCGGAAAGAUUCCCACGUUUCUUGUACUGUUUCCUAUCCUUGGUCAAGAAGCGGCCCAGCAAAGCAAUUCGAGGAUGAUUUCCAUAGAAAGUCUAAAAUCAAACAACAUUAGACAGGUUACUGUUGGAUGGUAAAUGUUCCCAGUGGGAAAGUCCAUUCUCCACUAACCCAACUGACCACCCAGCCCAUGUUCUGACUGGGAGAAGGAGAGGCGACUGCCCCAUGUGCCCUCUGAUUUAGAUGAUGCACUAAAACUGGUCCCUGUCUUCUGCCUUUAUAUUUAAUUCAGCAGGAAUGAUGUUCUCUAUUUACCUAAUGGUUCAUAACAAAUCUGAUAAUACUGUGUAGCCUGUGUUGUAGUGAGGGAGGGAAAUGACAAGCAGCUUAUACUGGUUAAUGGCCUGGCCUGGUGAAGCUGGAAAUUGGCCUUGAUUUAGUAAAGCAGUUUUUCGGGGUGGGUAGAAUGAAAAGCUCUGGAUUAUUUGCUGUCUUCCCCUACUUAUCAAACUGCUAAAUGAUUCCAGCUUCAAGAACACUGUGGCAUAUUUUAGUUUAUACUGUUCAUGAAGUCUGUGGAUCUCAAAUGAUGUCUCAGUAACAAUUCCAUGUAUUUUAAAAUGUGGGGUCUUGUUUUUCUUGUUUCGGUGACAGAUGGUCAUUUACUUACCUCUUUGAUGUUCUCCCUUGGGUUGUAGCUGCUGGGGCUAAGACCUGGAGAGGGGAGACA